AUGAAGGACGGUCCAGUUGAGCAAGUGGUUGCGCUCGAAGCGGCGCAGUGGAGCGUAGCUGUUGGAAUCGAAAUGGGACCAUCGCGAACUGCAGCGAUGGGUGCUGCUAGCAGGACCUCCCAUUUGUUACUGGAGAUCGCAACGAAGGGGCCGCCUGCUUUGUUCCUCAUCGACGACAAAACCAUGCCUUACAUAAGAGAUCCUUCGAGAGAGUGUCUGUCGAAUCUUAGUCAUCUUCCAGAAGGAAAGAAAUCAUCUAAAGACUACUCAGGUCGAAUUGGUCACCGCUGCCCUCCGUACCAAUUUGACUGUGAUCCCAACCGACCGCUUCCGCUCUGCGUUCCCUUGAUCGCACUAAGGAACUGUCGUGUGGACUGCCCCAAUAUGUCCGAUGAAUGGUGUGGAUUUGGAAAAGUGCUCUGCGACACGAAACUUAGUGGAUUGCCCUGCGGACGAUGCGUUCGAUUUGAAGAGAUGGAAACACGAUGUCGUGACCACAGAUGGAAGGCGUUGUGCAACGUAUCAGGAAGUAUCAAAUGCAGCUCUACAGCCAACUGCGUUUUACCACAGUGGCUUCUAGACGGAAAGGAUGAUUGCGGAGAUGGCAGUGACGAGGAGCCAUGUCGCUUAAUAGAAUGUUCCACGACCACCAUUGCCUCAGCAACGAGUACAACGGCGGCAACUUCUGUACCGCCUGAAAAUUCAACACCUGUCGGAGUUUCAAGCGCCCCAGGAAUACGAAUAUGUGAAACUGGCGAAUUUCGUUGUUUGAGCGGAGAGUGCGUGGAGGAGGGACGAGUUCUCGACGGAGUUAAGGAUUGUUGGGAUAGCAGCGAUGAAAAAUACUGCGAAUUAGUUUCGGAGGAGUGUUCAUCGGAAUCGCCAUGCGCCUACCAACCGGACAUCGCAGCAUUCGGAUGUGGUUGUGCGAAAGGGAGCGUUCCAGACGAGAAGGGGAUCUGCCAGCCAACGAAGACAUGA